AUGCCUCCGUCGGUCACCCGCUCGGAUGAUCGGACCGGUGCGACGCCGCCGCCUCUCGACAGCGACCAGGCAUCCGUCUCUGACCAACUGUCCGUCUCCGACCAGACGUCCCUCUCCGACUACGGAGAUGGCCCAGAGUCUGGUGCUGCUGCUCUCGGCCGCAGGCAAAGGGCUCGCGGCAAGCUCGUCGUGCGCAUCGUCUCCCUCGUCACGGCGACGCUCGCUGCCCUCUGCGCCGGCUCCAUCGUCGUCUUCUCCCUCUACGCGCCCAAGUUCCAGUCACGGCUGCACUACACGCAGUUCCAGGUCAACGGCGUCGCCAUCGCCGGCUCCGUCUCUCUCUACCUGCCCAUCACCCCCAUGGGCUACAUCUGCGACCGCGUCGGCGUCGCACCCCUUGCCCUGCUGUCCUCGAUCCUCUUCGGCACCGGCUACGGCCUCGCCGCCGGCAUAUACCGAAAGCUCGACAUGGACUACAACGUGCUCGGCGAGAUGGGCCGGCCGGGAAGUGAUUGGUCGUACCCGCUCAUGAUCUUCGCCUUCGUCUGCGUCGGCUCCGCCACGUGCGCCAUGUACAUCGCCUCCGUCUCGACCUGCGCCAAGAACUUCGGCAAGGGCCGGUACCGCGGGCUCGCCCUCGCCAUGCCCAUCACCGGCUUCGGCCUCAGCGGCAUGUGGCUCAGCCAGCUCGGCAGCCGCUUCCUCUACGAGGUCAACCCCGACGGCACCCGCGGCGACGUCGACGUCUUCCGCUUCUUCGUCUUCCUCGCCGUCCUGCUCUUCAUCGUCGGCGUCGUCGGCACCUUUACCCUGCGCGUCGUCGACGAGCAGGAUCUCAUCGAGGAGGCCAUCGAGGAGCUCGAGAGCAGCGGCCUGCUCGACGGAGGCUCCCUCCUCGGCAGGCCGGGGGGACGCAGCACGACGAACCCCUCGACGCCGGCCGGCGAGCUCGAGAGCGACGCGCUCCUCGGCGCGUCCAAGCAGGACGACGCGAGGUGGAAGAAGAACUGGGUGCUCAACGCCGAGACGCGGCAGUUCCUCUCGGACCGCACCAUGUGGCCCUUUGCCCUGGCCUUUCUCCUCAUGAUCGGACCGGGCGAGGCCUUUAUCAACAACCUCGGCUCCGUCAUCGGCACCCUGACGCCGCCGACGAACGGCUUCGGCGAGGGCACGUCGGCGGCCACGCACGUCUCCGUCUUUGGCGUCACGAGCACCGUCGCCCGCCUGCUGAUCGGCACCCUCACGGACCUCCUCGCGCCCCUGCCCGAGACGCAGCACGUGCAGCUCAACCGUCAGCGCGGGUACCGGUCGUCGGCGCUGGACCGCUUCUCCGUCUCCCGCGUCGUCUUCAUGCUCUUCUUCGCCAUGCUCAUGUCGGUCGCCUUCCUCUUCCUCGCCUCGGGCGCCGUGCAGAACCACGCGGACCGCUUCUGGGUCGUGUCGGGACUGGUCGGGGCCGGCUACGGGGCCGUCUUCAGCCUGACGCCGCUGAUCGUCACCAUCAUCUGGGGCGUGGAGAAUUUCGCCACCAACUUUGGCAUCAUCGCGAUGCUGCCCGCGCUCGGCUCGACCGUCUGGGGGUUGAUAUACUCGGCCGUGUACCAGGCGGGUGCCAGGGCGCCCGACGCGCCGCCUGCCCGCGGCGACGACGACACCUUUUGCUACGGCAAGCAGUGCUACGCGGCCACUUUCUGGGCCGAGGGCAUCUGCGUCUGGGUCGCCUGCGCGCUCCUCCUAUGGGCUUGGAGGGGAAGCAAAGGUUGGCAACAGCGCGGCAUCGUGAUAUAG